AUGGCUCCAACCACACGCGCUCAGGCUCUCUCUUCUACCCAUCCUCAGAAGGCUUCAAAUGAAUCACCCUCUACCAGCCCGCAAGUCAGGAAGCCUCCCAGAUGCCACACCUGCAAUCAGCUUCGGAAGGGACACCCCCUCAAGGGUUGUCCGAACCAACGACAACCAGUUACGGACGGAGCAGAGGAUACGAGCGCUUCCGACAUUCGCCUCGCGGACGCCCUGAGUUCACUGAGCCUGAACACAGCGAACGAAAGUUUCUCGGUCACGGCUUCUGCUCCUUUGCGCGUAAAUAAAAUUUCCAACCCAGCAGCCGACGGAAGUAUCAACGUCUGGAGUUCCAAUAAGCCUGAGGAGGCUUCCGAGCCGCUAGACGAACCUUCGCCUGUGGUUCAGAAACCUCCCACACCUUCGACGCGUUCUCUUACGCGACCGGCGAGCAUAAGCGCUAGGGCGCGCUUCUUCGAAGACCUUGGCCGCAUUGCCACGUCUGUGCCCAUAUCCGUAUAUGUUAUCCCCGCGGCGGAAGCGGAGCAACUCCAGUCUUCUGCGGAGAUGGCCGGUUUUCACGCGACCACAGUCACUGCGCAAAAGGGCACGCGGGAGGAGGAAGUGCUACUAGUCCUUAGUAACGAAGACACCGCGGUCAGACCUGUGAGCGAGAACCUAGAGAAGGUGGGAGCUGUUGCGGCCAAACAUAUCCGGGGUUUGGGCCUGGCACAAGUAACAGCGGGGGCGAUUGUUGGCGCGGCGGCUGUGUUUGCGGGGUUGGCUCUGUGA